AUGCUGCCUGCACUGCUGCUACUCGCAACCACCGCCCUCGCGCUUCCCACUGCUCCCCGCGCCUUCCUCAAAGACAACGUCCUGAUUGAGUGGUCCGCAACCCUCGACCCGCGACAGCUUGCAGACAUCCCGCAGGGAGUUCAGCUCCUUGACCACUGGCCUCGCAUCACGAACAACACCAAGCCAGACAUCCCCGACAACCAGAUCCACAAGUCUUCGCCCGUGAUCCUUGGCUUCCUCGACGAGUCGAACCCCGGCAGCGGUUACAACCUCGACGUUCCCAUGGAAGAGACGCUGACAGACGCCGGCACGCAGAGCACCCUCUCGGCAACGUCUCUUUCUACUCCCGAGUUGGCAGACGAAGAGGCGAAGAGGGCGGCGGGAGUUGGUGAUGACGAGGUGGGGAAGUUGAAGGGAGGACUUGCGGGCGGGCGCAGCGGGCGCAGACGCGGUCCUAAGAUGUUCAGGCCAAGCCAGGGCAGCAGCAGCUUGUCGUCAGCGGACGAGAGCGGGUGGGAGGAGGACGAGGAGGAGCGGGCGACUCGCCUCGAGCGCGAAGUCGCUCGCCUCGGUCGUCUCGGCUCCUCAACGCUUGCGGGCCCCGAUGGGCUCGUCAAAGGAGGCACAAUGCUGCCGAAAUCGCUCUCAUCGCUCAAGCAGGCGCACCGCGCAGCUCUGCUUGCGGAAUGGACUCGUCGAUGGACCCUCUCUUCAUCGCCAGGCGCCGGACUUCGCUCCGUCGACGCUCGCCCGCCGGGCCCACCCUUUAUACGCGCCCUACACUCGCUUGACAGGGUCCACUCCACCCUCCUCGCCCGGCUUCGGCUCGACUUCAACGACUUGGGAUCGUCGAAGGCGAGGAUGGGACUUGGUACGGGACUUUGCGAGUGCGGCGAGGUGGUGGAGACCCGCCAGCACUUCAUCCUCGAGUGCUCGCUCUACACGGACGAGCGUCAGCGGCUCCAGCGCGAAAUCGGGUCGUCGAACCUCAAGAUGGACAAGAUCUUCUCUCCUCGCUUCUUCCGGCCUCUGCUUCGUUAUAUCCUGGCUACCUAUCGCUUUCCUCAGUUGUAUGCUCCACUCCCGCUCGUAGCUCCUGUAGCGUCUGGCGGCUCGCCCUCGUAG